CGACGACCACGCACCCCCCCCCCCUCCUCCACAUUCGCCUGUGUUGUGCCAGCCUUCCUUACCACCGCCUCCUGUGCCCCCCUCUGUCAUCCAAAGGGGAAAUCUAGGCCUCUGUCUGCACCAUGUCCCAACGUUACAUUAAACACCAGAAGAUCGGUGAGGGCACAUACGCUGCGGUCUUCCGCGCGACCCGCGCCCCACCCACCUAUCGGGAGCGUGUCAACCCGGACGGCUCGCGCGCCAAGCCCGAUGUCCAGAUGGCCGGGACCGGAGACGACAAGGCCGGCGAGGAGAACAUCGAGCAGCAAUUUGCCUUGAAGGAGAUCACUCUCGAUCAGGAAGAGGGCGCUCCGUCAACAGCCGUGCGCGAGGUGGCCCUUAUGCGGCAUCUGGCCGGCUGGCCACACAUCGUGCGCCUGUAUGAAGUUGUCCACUCGGACACCCACCUUCAGCUGGUUUUCGAGCACCUAGACUGCGACUUGAAGCGCUUCAUGGUCAACAUGAAUGGUCCUUUGCCGCACGGGCUCAUCCGCCGGUUCAUGCGGCACCUCCUUCGUGGUCUGGCCACUUGCCAUGCACACCGCGUCCUGCAUCGGGAUUUGAAGCCACAGAACUUGCUGAUCGACAUCAACACAUAUACUCUCAAAAUCGCGGAUUUCGGCCUGGCGCGGUCUAUUGGCAUCCCUGUGCACACCUUUUCCCACGAGGUCGUCACCUUGUGGUAUAGAGCCCCGGAUGUCCUGCUCGGAUGCCGGAAUUACAGCCGUGAAAUCGACAUCUGGGCGGCAGGCUGCGUCUUUGCCGAGAUGGUCAACAACGGGCGCGCUGCCUUCCCGGGGAAGUGCAACAAGUCUCAGAUUGAGCUGAUCUUCCGGACCCUCGGGGCGCCGGACAUGAACCAAUGGCCGGGGAUCACCAACCUUUCCGGAUGGAAUGAGGAUCUGAAUGCCAAGCUCGGCGGGAUGCUCAGUCCUGUCCCCUGUGGGACGCCGCAGUUCGUUGAGCGGCUGAAGCUCAUUGCCCCGCGGCUUUGCAAGCCGGGGUUGGAUGUGCUUAAGGAAAUGCUUCGCUACGACCCGGAGACGCGUAUCUCUGCCCGCGAGGCUCUCGAGAGGAGUUACUUCCACCAGGAUUACCAGCUCCAGGGGUCGGCGCAGUAUGAUGCCGAUGGGGAUCACAAGCGGUCCUUCGACGGCUCACAGUUCCCGCUUUGAUUUUGCGAUCUCCUCCCUCCUUCUCUUCGCUGGCCGGUCCCUCGCUCUCUCUCCCCACUAUAUCCCCACUAUAUCCCCCCCCCCCUCUUUCCCUCCUCGUUGUUGUCCUCCCCCCCCUC